AGAAAAUCUUGAAUGAGCAUCCAAUGCUCUUCCUCUUCCGGACUUUUGCUUAAUUUGACAGCGUCAAGAUUACUUUGGAAUUGUAACUGUCAUGGCCGCGGUUAUGGCUGGAGAUGACAUAGCAGGAACGUUCAGCAGUCGGCGAAGCUUGGCUUCCGGUAGUCGACGGAGCUGGGUGGGCUCAACGAGUUUCCGGGAGGCGUGGAAUGCGCCAACAAAUGUGUUCAGCCAGAGUGGAAGAGCGGGUAAUGAUGAUGAAGAGCAGCUGAGGUGGGCGGCAAUAGAACGGCUACCGACGUUUGACAGGCUAAAGAAAGGGAUGAUAAGACAAAUUCUUGAUAAUGGAAAGGUGGUUCAUGACGAAGUAGAUGUUACUAAGCUCGGCAUGCGAGAGAAGAAGUUGUUAAUGGAGAAUAUAUUGAAGGUUGUUGAGGAGGAUAAUGAAAACUUUCUCAAGAAACUUAGAGAGAGAACUGAUAGAGUGGGAAUUAAUAUUCCAAAGAUUGAAGUUCGAUAUGAACAUUUAUCAGUUCAGGGAUAUAUUUAUGAUGGAAGCAGAGCCCUUCCUUCUUUGCCUAAUGCUUUCUUGACCACAGUAGAGAGUGCUUUGGGAUUGCUUAGGCUUGUCCCAUCUAAAAAGAGAAAAAUACAGAUUCUUAAUGGAGUUAGUGGGAUUAUCAAACCAUCAAGGAUGACACUUCUUCUGGGUCCUCCUGGCGCUGGGAAAACAACAUUCCUGCUAGCACUUGCAGGGAAGCUUGAUAAAGAUCUGGAGGCAUCUGGGAAGAUCACCUACUGUGGCCAUGAAUUAAAUGAAUUCAUUCCUCAGAAGACUUGUGCUUAUAUUAGUCAGCAUGAUCUUCACCAGGGAGAGAUGACAGUGAGAGAGACAUUGGAUUUCUCAGGACGCUGUUUAGGCGUCGGCACAAGAUAUGAAUUGCUGGCAGAACUGUCAAGAAGAGAGAAAGAAGCAGGAAUUAAACCAGAUCCUGAGAUUGAUGCAUUCAUGAAAGCCACUGCUGUGGCAGGUCGAGAAACUAGUUUGGUUACAGAUUAUGUUAUCAAGAUACUUGGCUUGGACAUAUGUGCAGAUAUUAUUGUUGGUGAUAUGAUGAGAAGGGGUAUUUCUGGUGGACAGAAGAAGCGUGUGACUACUGGAGAAAUGCUGGUUGGACCAGCAAAAGUUCUUCUAAUGGAUGAAAUAUCGACCGGAUUGGACAGUUCUACUACUUUUCAGAUCUGCAAGUACAUGAAGCAAAUGGUUCAUAUCAUGGAUGUAACUAUGAUUAUUUCUCUUCUUCAGCCAGCACCAGAGACAUAUGACCUGUUUGAUGAAGUUAUUCUACUUUCAGAAGGUCAAACUGUCUACCAUGGUCCUCGUGAGAAUGUCCUUGAAUUUUUUGAAUACAUGGGUUUCAAAUGCCCCGAGAGAAAAGGAGUUGCUGACUUUCUGCAAGAAGUAACUUCCGAGAAGGACCAGGAACAAUAUUGGUUCAAGAAGAACCAACCUUACAGAUUUGUUUCAGUGUCCGAUUUUGUACGAGGUUUCGGUUCCUUCCACAUUGGCCAACAACUUGCAUCAGAUCUUAGUGUUCCUUACGAUAAAUCUAGAGUCCACCCUGCCGCCCUGGUGACAGAGAAGUAUGGUAUUUCAAAUUGGGAAUUGUUCAAGGCAUGUUUUGCAAGGGAGUGGCUGCUAAUAAAGCGUAAUUCAUUUCUCUAUAUUUUCAAGACCACCCAGAUAACAAUCAUGUCGAUAAUUGCCUUGACAGUGUUCUUCAGAACAAAAAUGCAUCCGGGCACUUUGCUUGGUGGAGGAAAGUAUCUUGGAGCAUUAUUCUUCAGUUUGAUGAAUGUGAUGUUCAACGGAACGGCAGAACUUUCAUUAACUGUUCUUAGGCUUCCUGUCUUCUACAAACAAAGGGAUCACUUUUUCUAUCCUGCAUGGGCUUUUGGCUUACCGAUAUGGCUUCUCAGGAUCCCAUUAUCAUUUUUGGAAUCAGCAAUAUGGAUCAUUCUGACAUACUACACAAUUGGUUUUGCUCCAGCUGCUAGCAGGUUUUUCCGACAGUUCUUGGCAUUUUUUUGUAUACAUCAGAUGGCUCUGUCCCUCUUUCGGUUAAUUGCUUCUAUUGGAAGAGUUGAUGUUGUAGCACAAACUCUGGGUACCUUCUCCAUGCUGAUGGUUUUUGUGCUUGGAGGAUUUAUUGUCGCCAGAGAUGACAUUGAGCCAUGGAUGAUAUGGGGCUACUAUUGUUCUCCUAUGAUGUAUGGACAGAAUGCCAUUGUUCUGAAUGAAUUCCUCGAUAAUAGAUGGGACAUACCCAACCAAGACCCCAAUAUUGAUGCACCAACAAUUGGGAAAGUAAUUCUUAAGAGUAGAGGUUUUUUCACGGAUGCAUAUUGGUAUUGGAUUUCUAUUGCAGCACUAGUUGCUUUCUCAAUCCUAUUCAACAUAUUAUUUAUUGGAGCUUUGACUUAUUUGAAUCCUUUUGGUGAUUCAAAAUCAAUUGCCGUAGACGAAAACGGAGAUGAAAAGAAUAAGAAACGAGCCUCUAGUCCAAAUGGAGCAGAAGGUAUUCAAAUGGCAACAACAAAUUCAUCAGAAGUUAAUCGGGUUGCUGAACCUAAUAGAGGAAUGAUUUUGCCUUUCCAACCCCUUUCACUUGCCUUCAACCAUGUGAACUAUUAUGUGGACAUGCCUGCGGAAAUGAAAACUCAAGGAGUUCAAGAAAAUCGUCUACAACUACUACGAGAUGUUAGUGGUGCUUUUAGACCAGGGGUUUUGACUGCACUAGUUGGUGUAAGUGGUGCAGGGAAGACAACUCUAAUGGAUGUUCUAGCAGGAAGAAAGACCACAGGUUAUAUCGAAGGAAGUAUUAACAUUUCUGGCUACCCAAAGAAGCAACCAACCUUUGCUCGUGUCAGUGGUUACUGUGAACAAAAUGACAUUCAUUCACCACAUGUUACUGUUUAUGAGUCUAUCAUAUACUCGGCUUGGCUUCGCCUUUCUUCAAACAUAGAUAAAAAAACACAAAUGAUGUUUGUUGAAGAAGUUAUGAAGUUGAUUGAGCUCAAGCCAUUGAGGAAUGCCUUAGUUGGGCUACCUGGAGUAGAUGGUCUUUCAACAGAACAAAGAAAGAGGUUGACAAUAGCCAUCGAGCUGGUUGCUAACCCCUCUAUAAUCUUCAUGGAUGAGCCAACAUCUGGUCUUGAUGCUAGAGCUGCGGCCAUUGUCAUGCGUACAGUGAGAAAUACAGUGGACACAGGAAGAACCGUUGUGUGCACAAUUCACCAACCAAGCAUAGACAUUUUUGAAGCGUUUGAUGAGUUACUAUUGAUGAAAAGAGGAGGGCAAGUCAUUUAUGCUGGACCCCUUGGUCACCAUUCUCAAAAGCUCGUAGAAUAUUUUGAGGCCAUACCUGGGGUUCCGGGAAUUAAGGAUGGAUACAAUCCAGCAACAUGGAUGCUUGAAGUCACUGCUCCUUCGGUCGAGGAUCAUCUGGAUAUUGAUUUUGCUGAAAUUUAUGCCAACUCCUCAUUAUAUCAAAGGAAUCAAGAACUUAUUAAAGAGCUCAGUACUCCAGCUCCGGGCUUCGAGGAUCUCUACUUCCCAACUGAAUAUUCACAAUCAUUUCUUUCUCAGUGCCAUGCUUGUUUGUGGAAGCAGCUUUGUUCAUAUUGGAGACAUCCUAAAUAUAAUGCUGUCAGGCUCGUGAUGACAAUAUGCAUCGGUGUUCUGUUUGGUCUUAUCUUUUGGGACAAAGGACAAAAGACAACAAAACAACAAGAUCUGAUUAAUCUUUUAGGAGCAAUGUAUUCUACUGUGCUUUUCCUUGGAGCUAGCAAUGCUUCUGCGGUGCAGCCUGUUGUUGAUAUUGAGAGAGCAGUUUUCUACCGUGAAAGAGCAGCCGGCAUGUAUUCUGCACUACCUUAUGCAUUUGCUCAGGUGGCUAUAGAGACAAUAUAUGUGACAAUACAAGCUAUUAUGUAUACUCUUAUCCUUUAUUCCAUGAUUGGAUAUGAAUGGAAAGUGGGAAAGUUUUUCUUGUUCUUCUACUUCAUAUGGAUGUGCUUUAUCUACUUCACACUAUCUGGGAUGAUGCUCGUUGCCCUAACUCCGAGCUUCCAAAUUGGUGCCAUACUUUUGUAUUUCUUCCUUAGUUUAUGGAACAUUUUCUCCGGUUUUCUCAUUCCUAGAGUGCAAAUCCCUAUUUGGUGGAGGUGGUACUAUUGGCUUUCGCCCGUCGCAUGGACAAUUUAUGGUCUUAUGACUUCUCAAGUGGGUGACAAAGAUGAUCUUGUGGAGAUUCCAGGAGAAAAUAUGAAAAUGACAGUAAAGAUGUUCCUUAAAGAGAGCUGGGGAUUCCAUCAUGACUUCCUUCCUAUUGUUGCUUUGGCUCAUAUUGGUUGGGUUCUCCUUUUCUUUUUUGUGUUUGCCUAUGGCAUUAGAUUCUUCAAUUUCCAAUCUAGAUAAGGUAACCAACCAUAUUCAAUCUUUGUCUCAAAAUUAACUAUCAUAAGAAAUCGAUAGUCUUGAAUUUGUGAAAAAAGAGAGUUUGUAAUCAAGCGAUUUAUGCUUGGAAUAUACAUUGUAUCUUUUCAAUCAUAUAGCAAACACACACUUCUGUUUUUUCA